UGUGGUGUAAACAUAGCAGUCCAGUGUGAGCAGCGAUCCAACAGGACGCAGCAUCUGGGAGUCAGUGUGCAAGUACAGGAAGAGACAGCAGGAGGCCCGACUGAGGCAGGCCCAAAGUUUCAGCCCAAAGGAGUAGGCCUGUGGAUGGGCAGUGCAGGCACCAAUGGCGUCACAGGAGCUUGUGGAUGCAAGAGCCUCUGCCGCUGAUCACCCAGGAAUGGAGGGUGCAGCGGUGCCCAGCGGUGGUAAAAACUGUCCAGUUCACGCCCCGUCCACAGACGAUACAAAGCGGGGGUUUCGGAAAGGCUUGGGGAGGCACAAUGACUAUGUAAAGAUCUCUGUGCCGGACUCCAAGCUCAACCGUUUGCCCAUGGAGUGGUGGAAAACAGCAAUCGCCUUCUUUUACGCUGGCUUUAACUUGGUCCUGACAACGGUUGUCAUCACUGUAGUGCAUGAGAGGGUCCCACCCAAAGAAAGCAGCCCACCUCUUCCUGACAAGUUUUUUGACUAUAUUGACAGGGUGAAGUGGGCGUUUACAGUCACAGAGAUCAAUGGCAUGGUUCUGGUGUCAAUAUGGCUUAUCCAGCUGUUUUUCUUCAGAUACAAGUCUAUAGCAUGCAGACGGUUCUUCUUUCUGAUCGGGACCCUGUACCUGUACCGCUGUGUCACCAUGUACAUCACCACUCUGCCUGUACCUGGCAUGCACAUGACUUGUGCUCCUAAACUGCAUGGAGACUCUCAGGCAAAGAUCCAUCGAAUUCUCCGGCUGAUCUCAGGUGGGGGUUUGUCCAUAACGGGCUCCCAUCUCAUGUGUGGAGACUUUCUGUACAGCGGACACACUGUGAUGCUGACCCUCACCUACCUGUUCAUCAAGGAGUACUCGCCAAGGUCAUUCUGGUGGUACCAUCUGAUAUGCUGGUUGCUGAGUGCUGUGGGUGUGGUGUGCAUCUUGGUGGCACAUGAGCACUACAGCGUGGAUGUGGUUGUGGCCUAUUUUAUCACCUCCCGUCUCUUCUGGUGGUACCACACCAUGGCCAACUUACAGACUCUUAAAUGCUCGCCCAAUAACUACCUCACCAACACCUGGUGGAAUCCUCUGUUCAACUUCAUGGAGAGGAACGUUCAAAUUGCGGUGCCCUGCUCAUACAACUGGCCUAUCACCUGGCCUCCUGCCUGCCUUAAGAACCCCUGUAAGAAGUACUCCAUGGUACAGAGCACAAGAGAGGAGUGACACCUUGGUACCCAGAUGUCAUUACCGGAAAAUCCAAAUAAUUGGUGUUCUUUCAUUCUGUCCUAUCAACUCUUUUGGACAGGAACAUAGGGAUACCAGCUGUGUUGCUAUGAAAGAAAUAGAUCAGCAAAAAUGUGUCUAAGAAUUAUUCAAGACAAAAUAAGUAAGUUUUGUGUUUGUGUGUUCUUUACCACUAUGAUUUAUGUAUGGGAAGUCGUUUGAAGUUGUUGGGUUUUUGUUGUUUGUUUUUUUUUUUUGUAUGUUUAGCUUGUAUUUGCUCACAUUGAAUUUCACACAUAAACAGACCGUUUGUAGCAACUGACUUGAAGAUCUGCUGCAUUAUUUGCAAGACUUGAUUUAGGUCUUCUGCUGUAACCCUCUCAUACUAUGUGACAGGGUUUACCUCAAUAUGAUGUUCUAAAGUCACAAGGUGCCUUAGUGUGCAAUGUCAGUAGAUGUACUAAAGCUGCCAUUAGUUGUGUCAUUAAAUUGUGGGGUUUUUUUCUUUGUUUUUUCAUCAUUCAGGUUCUUUCUAUUAUUAUUAUUAUUAUUAUUAUUAUUAUUGUUAUUAUUAUUAUUAUUACAUUUUGUAUUAAUUUUAGAAGCCUUGAAGUGUUUGGCUGUAGU